AUGAGGGCUUUGAUAGAACCGGCUACCCCAGUCGUCUCCUUGCUCCGGCAGGCGACCACAUCGAGGAACGACAUACCCGAGCCGAGCCCCUACCUUUGGCAGCAUUCCCGGCGGCGACGCCAACGGUGGGCCGUCGAAGCCAUGGACAGCCAGAAGGCUGCUGUAACCAUUACCUCGUCAGUUGUUCCCGCCGGAGGGAAGAGUCUGUCGAAGGAGAACAAGCUGUGGGGAGGGCGGUUCGAGGAGAGCGUAACGGACGCUGUCGAGAGGUUCAGCGAGUCAAUCUCCUUCGACAAGGCCCUCUACAAGCAGGACAUCAGGGGAAGCAGAGCCCACGCAACAAUGCUAGCGGCACAGGUGGUGACAUAACACGUUUAUUCUUUCUCUAGAUCUUUGAAGUUGCUGUCUUUUGAACUGACAGAAAAGUUGAGAAGUUAUUCGUAAUCAUCCGAUGCCCCUUUUCCAUCGCGAUACCGUCAUAGAAAACGGAUUUUGAAGUGCUCUCAAAAUAUUUUUCAAGUGUCAGAGGUAGAUUCUGGCUGUGUAUGAUGGUGCAUAUAGUUGUAGACUCUAUGUUUGCUGGAAUUGGUUCGCCAGUGAAAUAGGAAAGAUGUUCAUACUUCUCUUUCAUUUGCUUCCUCAUAAUCUUGGUUCUCAUUUGAAAAUUUAAACUAUUUGUCUCGCUUGAUUGCAUUUGUUCACUCUAAAUCAUGGCACCUUUGUAAUGUAGGGGUUGAUCACCACAAGUGACAGAGACAGUAUACUGAAUGGCCUUGAUGUGAUAGAACGAACCAUUGAGGCCGGAGAUUUUGUCUGGAGAACUGACAGGGAGGAUGUGCAUAUGAACAUCGAAGCAGCACUGACAGACAUGAUUGGUGAACCCGCUAAAAAGCUUCAUACUGCUAGAAGUCGGAAUGAUCAAGUUGUCACUGAUCUCCGUCUAUGGUGUCGAGAUGCUAUUGAUAGCAUUCUUUUUCAUAUUAAAAAGCUUCAGGUUCUUUUCUUCUUCGUUUUUCCUUAUGGAUAAAACAUUGUCAUCGAGGUAGUCGAGCUGCAUGCAUCUUAAUUUAAUCCAGGAGUUUUCUGAUAUCUUUUUUCUACUUCUUGACUCCUUUUUUAGUGUCUAAUUCUUGAUUCCUUCAUUGGAUUAAACUCUUUUUACUCCAAAAUUUUAUAAAUUAUCUCGUGUUCAAAAUGUGCUAGAAACUGAUUCCAUGUUGCCAUUUCAAUAUAAUUAAGGUUUCAAAACAUAUCUAAAACUUUUUCACAUUCGUAAUUCUAUUUAUCUGUGGAAUCUUAUAGUAGUUUGCCCAAAAUAAACCGGUGAAAACGUUAACUUAUUUUGGAAGAAUACUGUUAUUGACGUCAAUUAAUGGGGAGAUUGAGAGCAUUGUAUAUUAGGAAAUCUUCCAGGAAUAAUAGAAGCAAAAUUUUCGUAGAAACUUCUAGUAGAUUGUACUACUGAAUCCAUAGAUGUUAUUGAGUGCACGGUGCAGUUUUUUAUGGUUUAAUUGCUAUCUUCCAAAAUAAAAUACUCAUUUUCCUCAGUUUUUAGGUGAGAUGAGUUGUUUCUCCCAAAGAUUAGACUCUAUGAAAAUAAAAAAUGUAAAAGUAAUAUCUUCCUUUGGUUAAGUAGGAAUCUUUAGUGAGGUGGAUUUUCACUCAAACACUAUGUUGCCCUGAUUUUGGGGUUUCAUCCAAAUUAAAAUGAAAGGGUGGGGAUUGAAAUCUACAUGCCAUGAAUGGAUGCCGGUUGCGAUUUUUAUUGGAUUAUGACAACUCCACGGACCACCAUUCUGCUUUUUCAUUGCGUUAUAUGAUGUUAUCUUCUCUCUGAUAUCUAAAAUUCUUGAAUUUUCUUUUCAUUAGAAGAGUUGAGAUUUAGGCCAAGCCUGUAACCCGGGGUAACUAGUUUGUUAUUUCAAAAGGACUCUUCUGUUGGCAGUUUAUUGACUUUCAAGCUUUACAGACAUUACCUUUUGAUUUGCUUUCGGAUGCAGACAUUUCUUUUCCCAAUAAAAGUAGUAAAUUAGGCCAGGUGGACAGGCCUCACAAAGCCUGUUCCAGAGUAAAGCUGCAAAAGUGGAAUUUGACACAGACACCUAUGAAGCCGUCCCAGGCUGGCCACCCACAUGCCCAGCUGUUGUUGGUAUGGGGGACAGUGAUUUACCAUCGACAAUGGGUGCAGUGGGGAGAGGAAGGACCCUUGGUGGCUGGCUCCAGUUGAUAAAUGACAGACUGUUCAGAUAUUGUCAGAGUGGACUGAACUAACCCAUUCCCAACUAAUCAUUCCAAGUACAUGUUUUGUACUGGCAUUAGUGUUCUAAUGCUGUAUAAUCUAUGUAAGUAUGAUUGAGUAUCAAAAACUUAUGAUGAACCACAAAAGUGGGUUGAAAUCCUUCUAGAUGUUUGAAAAAACCAAUUGAAUGAGAUAAAGAUUAGUGCUGUCUUGAUAAUAUUCACCAGAGGAAAAUAGCACAGUGAAAGCCAAAGUUUGUAGAACAGUUGAAUAAGUAUCCAAUGAGGAUUUGUAAUCGUCGUUGGAAAGGCAAUAUCAGAGGCAUGGCAUUUUUCGAAGAUGAACUUUUAAAGAAAUUUUCUACAACUUGUCGAUAAUUAAUAGGGACUUUGCUGAUUUUUCUUAUUUGUUGAACGUUGCCUAAUUCUUCUAGAUAUUUUUGAGUCAAUCUUAGGAGUUGUGCUAGAGAUUUACACUUGUGGGGCCAUUUGGAACAUUUUUUGUGAAUACAUGAGUUGAGGCUUGGCAUGAUGUGGAAGGAGAUGUUCAAUGUUAAUAAAGUAUUUUUCUAUGAUGGGGAUGGUACUUCAAAUGAUCUUUAAAUGGGUACAUUCAUUUGAGUAGUACUUUAAAUGAUCUCCUUAAUUGUUCACUUGACCUACGAUGAUCUUUAAAUGCAUACAUUCAGAAAUAGGCCACAAGAAAGAUAUUAAGUGGUACAUAAUUGAUUGGACGGUAGAGUUGGGAAACACUACUUGAAAGACAGAUGUUGCUACAAGGCAAUGAAGUAACUUGCUGAUCAUCCAAUGCCCUAUUGGGGAUGACUUGGUUUAUAUACCUCUUUUUGUCUUGAUACUAGUUAUUUGGAAGUUACAUUAAUACGACUUUCAUUUUUUGUUCUUUUUCCAAUUUCUCCACUGUGACACCCUAAGAGGUGAAGAAGUUAGUGAGAAUUAAUAUUUGAGCAGUUGGUCGUGAUUAAGCGGUAGAAAUUACAUUUUUAUGCCAUUCAGUGCGGGAAAUGCAAGAAUUUGUUUGCAUACAUCUAUGGCAACCCAUGAGACUCUCCUCGUUAAGGGAGGUUAGUGACUACUUCCCAUGAUAUUUAGGGCUAUUUUGGAAGAUUUUUGGCACUAUGCUACUCAUAGUUGCAGAACAGAACUGACCCAUGACAUCCAUUUUAAGAGGUAACUCGUGGUUGUAUCCGAUUGCCUCACGAGGUUACUUUGUUUGGAAACCGUCUUAACACUUGAUGCGAGUCAUCAACCUCCUCUAACCCUAUCAAUAUCUUGAAUGUCCAUUUGUGCAAAAACCACUUCUAGCGACUAUUUUUUCGUUGAUGAGUAAUUCAAAUUAUAAGCGUAAUAUCUCAUCCAAGAUUGGUGUAAUGUUCGUUUUGGUUCUUUCAUGUCAUCUGUUGUGCAUAUUGAUUUCUGAAACGCUCAUGUAAUGAAUUGAACUCAAGUGCUUUAAAUUUUUUCUUGCACUGUUUACACAGAAUCAUAAUUAAAAUACAAUUUAGCUGUGACUUGUGAAUGAGGGAAAUCUCACUCUCUCAUGUCAACUGAUAGCAUAGCAUCUCUUGGAGGGCAACUCUAUACUUUUGGGCUAUGCGAUUUCAGAUCUACUGAUGUCGGGUUACCUAGAUAUACAAAUAACUUCUGAUGCCUCUUUAUGUUGUGGUUGAAUCCAUGCCUACUUGUAAAUUAUGAUAUGUUUAUGAAUGCACAUCUCGCCGAAUUGAAUACUGCAAGAUGUAAAAUAAACUGCUGAAAUAAAAAAAACUUUGAAUUGUCAGAAAAUGAAUGUGAUGAAUUUAAUUUUUCUUUAUAUUUUAGCUACUAAUUUGUUAUAAUUUAUGCCAUGUAGCAUAUGGUAUAAUUUUUAGAAACUAUUUUUGAUGAAAAAUAAUUGUUUAAAUUCAAACCUUUAUAUCAUUCCCCAGUACUCCAGCUCAGGAAGACAGUUUUAUGAUUAUUUGACGUAUGAAAGAUGUCAUUUUUCUUGGAAAAUUUUCAAUUAAUUCCUUUUUAGAUCCCCUUUUGCUGUUAAUCCCCGCCAAAUCCCCGAACCUUUAGAAGGGUCAACUCUCUUACCUGUAGAUAUGAACCUAACUGGUAGAGAAUAAACCUAGAUUGUAAUUUAUGCAUUCACCAAGAAUGGUGUGUAUAACGAUUCUGUAACAAAUCAUCUCAUCAAGAAUCUUUGCAUGCGUAAAAAAUGGUCCUAACUUACAUUAUCAUGAUAGUAUCAUGAUAAAAAAUGGUUUAUCUUUUGUGCAUGCAUUCCCAUAGAAAGGACAUAUUUGAUUCUUCAACGUCUUUUUUGUCUGCUGCCUAGUUCUAUUUUUUUUUGAAUGGCGCAUGCAAAUUUAAAGAAUUGGCGGUUGAUUUAACAGUUUGAAGAACCAAGGUGUUAUAAAUCUGCAUAUGUUUUCUUGCUGUUCAUGAGUUUAAUUAUGCAAUAAGAUUUUUCUUGAUGUACCCAAUGGUUCUGACAUCAUCUAUUAACCAUGUGUUUGCUUAUGAUGGACACGUUUUGAACAUUAUAUACUGGUGGGUAGCAAAACGUUAUGUACCUGACCUUAAUAAUGAUCCUAUUGUGUGGGUUUCGUCUCACCGUAUGAUAAAUGUGUGCGGUUGUGGCUGAUUUGGGUUGGGCUAUUGCAUACAGAGAGCAUCAUUAAGAGAUUCAAGAGCAGAAAGAAUUAUGCGUCGUCAAGAUCUCAAUCCUCUUCUCGAGAAUCUAGUAUUGUGUCAUGUCGUGUAAUUGUAUUGCCAUACCCAGGCUAAUGAUUGAAGAAUACUGAAAGCAUUCUGUAAACUGCAACCUGUCAAAAACAGAACAUAUUUAAUAUAUCUGAAAUCCAGCUUAUUCUCUUUAUUAUGAUCAAAAGGUUUGGUUACCCUGGGGAUCUUGAUGUGGACGUUAGGCCCUUUAGCUCAAGUUUCAUUUUAGGAUGAAAGUAAUGCCUCCAAAAAUUAUUAAUAAAAUCUAGCAUCCCUCAUAACCUCUUGUUGGACUGAAUUUUAUGCUAAAUAUCGAAAGGUCCCCAGACGGAUCCUUAAGAUCAUGCACUUAGUCCUGGUGCGGUCUGUGAGUUUGUUUGGCUGUCUGAUUAGGGUAAAUUCAAUUUUAUUUCCUACAUUUAACAAGGAUGUGGCUCCAAGUGCAAACAAGCAUGGGGCUUAACAGUUUGGGAAAAGAUCCCUUUGAAAAUAUUACAGGCUCCAACUCCAUGUUAAUUAAAAUUUAUAUCAAUUGAAGAUUAUAAACCUCUCAAUCUUGGGAAUGCAAGAUUGUUCAUGAUCUUUCUAACAUAAAUUGUGUGAUAUUUUACUGGCCUCAUUAUAAGGCAAUUCUGUGGUGAUGUUUUACUUUGGUUUUAUUUUUUCAUAUCAAGAUUUUCUUAAUUAAUAAAACAUUUUCUUUUUUACAUAUCCAUUUAAAAAAGAUGUGACGAAUGGUACUAAGUGUUGAAACAUUCUUCCCUUGGUAUAGGGAGUAUGUAAUUUUGAUAUUCGGUUGCAGUUUCUUUCGUGUUGUGCUUCAAUUAGAUGAGAAAUUUCUCCAGUUCUGUCUGUUUCUCAAUGAUUGAAAAGAUUCGUCUUUUUGUAAACGUGUUCUUAGACUAAUGGAGAAUAAAUGUAUCGAUGUAUGUCCAAAAGGAUAGAGAACAUGAGUAUCAUAUAGGGUGACCUUUUUCUUUGUUUUCAAUCAGUUCCCUCUCUGGUCUGAUGUACAUUUAUGAAUGCUACUUUUUUUUUUGCAUGGCUAUGUUUUGAUGCUUGACUCGUCAACUUCGCGUGUUUUUGAAAUUUGUAUAAAUGGUUAGCUUUCGAAAUGUUUUCGAUAAUUUCAGGUAGUCCUAGUUUAUUUAGCUAUGAGAAAUGAAGGCCUGAUAGUUCCAGGAUACACUCAUCUGCAAAGGGCGCAACCUGUUCUCCUACAACAUCUGCUUCUAUCAUAUGUUGAACAGGUAAGGAUAGUUUUCUGUGUAUUCUCCAAUUUUGAGGUCCAAUACCUGUGGUGAAAUUUUUUUCUGACUCUUGACGGCAUCUUGCAUUGUAACUACACUUUGUUUUUCUACCCUUUCCGUUUCUCGAUAAGUUUUCCAUCUGAUGUUAAAGAUUUCAAUUUGCACAGUUUUUUCUUGAUCUUCUGGAGAAAAUAUAAGCCUGAGUUCUUUAGCCAGGAGGGCAUUAUUUUCUGCUAGUAAUAUGCUGUCAAAUGAUUUUGUCAUUUGUCGAAAUUCUGGUGUGGGAUACAUCUUGCACGUGACUGAUUAAAUCGGAAAAUGCCAGUUUAAAUGAAGGUUGUCGACUUUAAUAAAUAUCCUCUUUUAGUUACAGUAGGGCUAUGUUCGUAAUUAAGGUCACUAGGAGGGGGCCUUGCAUUCAAAGCUGGACUUAGAUCAUUGGAAGCAUAGAAACUUUCUCUGACUAGCGCGGUUGUUUAUGAUUUGUUAAGGGUGGACUAGAAUAGGGUGCUAAGGAGGUAGAACUGGUGGGAACCUAGAGGCAAGUAGAGCCGGGAAUAAAAGAUGUUUGAUGACAAAUUAGAUGACAGGUCCAGAAUAGGGUUGGCAAAAAUUAUACUUGAUUCCGUGGAUGGCGACUUGUAGUUGACGAUCUUGGAGAAAACAGCCAACCGACCAUGCUUCUCUUGGAGGCAUAGAGAUGCCGGCACAGCCUAAUGAAUGCUAAGAAUCAAACAAGGAUGAAAUCCGUGACAGUAACUCUCAGCUUCACCCUUUGGGACCCUGAUUUCAUACCGGGGGACCAUGACCUUGUUGGAGAAGCUAGCAGUAAAAUAUUCAUUCAAAAUAUUAUUAUUUUUUGCAUAAAGUUCAACCUCCCAUUUAGCAGCAACAUGAGUCCUUUGAAGGGGCGCUCUUAGAUCUACCCUAGAAAUCCAAGGAGCUCCGAUGACUAAUGGGUUAGAAUCUCGGCCGCACUCUUGAAAGUAGUGAAAACGGUUGGGAUACCCUAGGGUCUUUGAGAGGCCUUAAAUACUUCUAGAAAUGACCAAAAUAAUCAAUGAUAAACUUGAACUUCAUGACCUAAGAGAAUCAGUGAAAGAAAUUCAUGUUAAAUUAUUAAGCACCGCAAUGCCUUCACCAAUUUCUUCUAAAUUGCGUUGUGGUUUGAGGUCUUAUUAGUUACUUCUUUCAACUCCAUUUGUUAGCCAAAACGUUUUGGCAGUGGUAGAAACUUAAUGUUCUUAAGGCAUUAGAGAUUGAUUGUGCGAAAUUCUUUGACUGGCAUGUACUUAUUAUAAUCAACGUGCUGCCACAUGGAGUUAUUAUGAAUCGACUCCAUUGUCUUAAUUUGUCUUUAUUGAAUCCUUUCGUUUUGUGAAUUUACCCUUUUUUCUGGAUAAUCACGCUAUUCAGCUCCCUAUAUUUUAUAGCAUGUUUUCUCCUCACUGAGAUGUCUGUCCAGUAUCGAAAUUAAUAGAGGAGUGAACGUUUUUAUUUUCUUCUUAUUCAUUACUUCACGUAAAAUCUGAGAGCGGCCGUUUUUUAAUUCUUUUUUCUGUGCUACACGUUUGAUUAAUUUUUUAUGACAAAUGGUGCGUAUUUCUGUUGUUUUUCUUAAGCAAUGAUUUGUUAUUGUUUUAGCUUCAAGUUUUACUGAUUCUCGGUGGGUUCUGUAGCUCGAGCGAGAUGCUGGCCGAUUUAUAGACUGCAAAAACCGUUUGAAUUUCUGUCCCUUGGGUGCCUGUGCUUUGGCCGGAACUGGUCUUCCUAUUGACCGGUUUAUGACUUCAGAUGCCUUGGGAUUUACUGCACCAUUGAGGAACAGGUAUGCUAGUUUGUCGUUUAUUACUCACUGAUUUCAAUCUGACAUUUCCGGAAAUUGUUUAAUUCACAAGUUUGGACAAAUCAAACCGUUUAUUCUCAUUUAGAAAUUCUAACACAUGCUCAGUGAUUACCAACAGAAGAAGAAUUCUGUUUCAGAUGUCAGAUACUAAGAAAGUAAUCUGAAAGCAUUCAGGAUUGACCAGUUUUCUGACUCUUUGGUGAUUAUCCUGUUAAAUCUUUUGUGACUUCUAAGUGUUUUUCUCCACAUGCUUUGACUAGUUUGGUUAGCUAUGAAUGUCUGGGAUUUUUCCUUGCAAUAAAUCUUGUCUCUUUGUGCUUAUGUUAUUUAUUUAUUUCUAAGAUACACUGUUUCAGAGUAUCAGGUUUAAGCGCCAUCCCGUGAAGUAGAAUUCAGAGUUGAUAAUUCUUAUUGAGAUGCGGCACACUGAUCAAUGUUGUUAACUGAAAUAGCAUCCUGUUGUUUAAGGAAUUUUUCUUCUCAAGCGUGCCACAGAAGCUGCCGAGAAUCGUUUUCUGUUUAAGGAAUUUUGUUCAGUUUCUGUUGUACAUUGAUUGUUCGGUCUUAGGUUCAGACAAUCUCUCUGUUUGACGUUAACAAGACAAGAAAUUUAGGUGAUCUGUUAUGUUAUUGUUUAAUAUUUUUUUUGCAUAUGGGACUAUAUGUUGGGCCUAGGUGUACUUUAAUGAGAAAGAUAUUGAUGGCUGAUGUCAAUCUAUUGUAUGAAAUAAUUAUCUGAUUAUUUUUCAUUCUCGUUCAGAGGAUUAAUUUGAGUUAUUGAAUUGGGAUUUUAGUCCAUAAUUUUUUUCAGAGAACUUCAAAUAUAAUCUAAGCUUAAGCAACUUAUCUUAGGCUACCUACUCUGGACUUAACUAUCGUCUAACAAAAAAAAUCGAUGUACAAAAAGAUAUUUUCCAUAAUGUAAACGUAUCGUGAACAGUGGCGCAAACCCUAAGAGGAUAUGGUGAGGAAAAACUUUACUUGUAUUCACACCAUAGAUGACUGUUAUGUACAGGUACCAAGGCCACAAAACAAAGAAACUAUCUAACAACUAGGAAACGGUCCAACUGAGAACCAAACUCCUAAUUAUAUGCUCUUUCCCACAGAACAGAAUACAGUUGUUAAGACAUGAAAGUAUGAAAAUGGGAUAAUCGCAAGGAUCUCCUCUGUUUCUUUCAUGAAUACAAAUUAUCUAAGCCCGCAUCCAUGCAUUUUGCCUUUGAAACUAUGAGCCACUCCUGUCAUUUUAUUCUUAUUUCCAAAGGGUGAAACGUGAGUCCCCUGGCCUCAUAUUUCGGUGAGUGGGUACCCCGGAGGGAGACACGAGGCUAAAUUUAGCUAUCUACUUGCCAACAAUGAAAUGAGUAGACGCUUAUUUCGUUAUUCACUUAGCGCAUGUGUGUCCAGUAGCCCAGAGGAAGAAAACAAGAUAAAAGCUCUUUCCUCUCUUUGGGCAGUUCACCACGUAAAGUCGUCCGUUUGUCCAUGGUAGAUCAGAAAGCAAGUAGGACAGGGAAACAGUUUGGGAUUUGAACUUUCCUUUGUGGGCUUUGGGUUGGUUAGUCAGCAAGUGGAUAGUCUUUCAGUCUAGAAUUCUCAGAUUCAGCUGGACUGGUAACGUUUUCUCUUGUUUUAUCAACUCAGCUUCUUCUAAGGACAUCUACUCCUAUUGUAUUGGUAGUCUUCCUUCCGUCUUGAUUUGGGAAAAUAUGAAAGGAUAGAUAUUCCGCACUCAAUGGUAACAAAGGCGCUCCACUAUUUGUUAUAAUUUUAAAAGCGGAGUAGGCCAUGAGUGUUCUCAAUCAGCGAAGCCUCACCUCUCCUAAGAAAGAUAGUAGCUUCUUCUUCACAGGGCGAUUGUCACUGCUUAUGAACCUGAACAUGGGUAAUCUAUCCAUGACCAGGAUGAAGCUUGGGUGGAACUAGGUGAACAUUUGUCUCCUAACUACAACCGUCACUGUCUGAUCUGGUCAUAGGUUCGAAUCCAACUUGGGGGAUUUGAUGUUUUCUGAAUUCUUCAAUGAUGUUAUCUUUCACUUGUAAAUGGUGCACAAUGUCAUUUCUGAUUAUCCCUGGUUUUAAACAUCAUGAAUGUUACAACCGUGUAAAUAGUUCAUCAUAUUCACUGCAGAGUCCACAACCUACAGACAUCAGCUUUUUGCACAUUGUCGGAAACCAUGAUGUUUAAUACCAUCUCUCCGGAUGUCGAAAGGUCUAAUUUUGCAUGGGGCGGUACCACAAUAUACUCAGACAAAAAGUUUACUUUUAUGGGUAUAUUUUGAAAAUAAACCAUGUUCCCUAGUUCUAAUUAUAUCUAAUGCACGUAUCCUUCAUCUGAACCAAAUCUGACCAUUCAUAUUUUUUCGUUACAUAUGCUAUCCAUCAUUACGGAUUCCAGCAAAUCUGGCCAUUCAUUGUUGGUGAGUUAGGAUUUGCCAUUAUCUCACAUUCUAUGAAUUAAAGAUACUCUUCUUUUCAUGGCACUGGAGUAGUAUGUUACUUUAUUUGAACAUGAAGAUCUGAGACACAUGGAGGGGGCUUUAUUGAUCUCAGGGUGUGUAGUUACUUCCUUUAUGUCUUCUCUCGGAACUCACCAUGUGUCUUGUCUCCUGAGCACUCGUAGACAAAAGAUAUCCUCUCAAAUGAAGGGAAUACUUGUUUAGUGCGUGGCUACACCAUCUAGCCUAUUCAUUUGAUAUGUGUACUCAUCAGGAUCGCGAAGAUAGAAGCAGAAAAAGUUAGAGAAAAAAGAAAGUUUUCCAUUAAUGAGGAAGAUCAGUUCGCCAAAAUUGGGAUUGUCAUGCCAAACUCGUUAUUCAGUGUCUACUAUUCCAUUUCAGAUGGAAGCUCAGUCCUUUCUUGUGGGGUUCCAAUUGUCAAUUGAAAUUAAAGAUUCUGAUGUGGAUCAUGAUUUCAUACAAGAGGCUACUCAUGUGAAUGGUUUCCUCUUUUCCUACCCUGAGAACCUCUUGUAGCUGUGCUUGGCAGAGGAGUAAUGAGAGUAGAUAUUAUAUUUAACGCAUUUGUGAUAGUAUUAUCCACUUUGAGAAGAAUGUUGCUACUUUUAGUAGUGUUGUAUUUUCCGUGGUUCCUGGCUUUUAUAUUGCAUUUUUCGCCUUGAUUUACUGCCUGGCCAGAAUUUUGGCAUUCAUCUCUCUUCACUUGGUAAAGCAUUUACUAGAGUUAAUAUCCUUUCCAUCCUGAUUAGUACGCUGUGAUGUUACAGCAUUGAUGCAGUAUCCGACCGUGACUUUGUCCUGGAGUUUCUAUCAGCUAGUUCUAUAGCUGCCAUUCAUCUUUCUCGUCUUGGUGAAGAGUGGGUCCUGUGGGCAUCAGAAGAGUUUGGAUUCUUGGUACCCAGUGACUCAGUAUCCACUGGAAGCUCCAUCAUGCCUCAGAAAAAGAACCCUGAUCCAAUGGAGCUUGUUCGUGGUAAAUCUGCAAGGGUUGUAGGGGACCUGAUCACAGUCUUGGUCCUCUGCAAGGGCCUUCCCCAGGCAUACAAUCGAGAUCUUCAGGUCAACCAUCCUGAUUAGUACCCACUAUCUCUGAAAUGUUUUUAUUGCCCAUAAAUAGGAAUUUUUCUGCUUUUGUUUUGUCUGGCAUUCGGUGAUGAAUCUUUUUUCAUGGAGCAGGAAGAUAAGGAGCCAUUAUUUGAUAGUGUCAAAACCAUUAUGGGAAUGCUCGAGGUCACUGCUGAGUUCGCUCAGAAUAUCACAUUCAAUCAUGAAAGAAUACAAAGGGCUCUUCCAGCUGGGCAUUUGGAUGCAACAACCCUCGCCGAUUACCUUGUUAAGAAGGUAAGUGCUCUGUUGACUUUUUUUUUCCCAUAAAUUGCAAACCAAAACAAAAUUCUCUUCUAGCUUGUAUGAUAAGAUAGUCUUAAACACAAAGGCAGGAAAUGAUAAGAUCAAUCCUUGUUCGUACAUGGGCUUUUUUGGAUAUAAGAUUUUCAUGAGGCGGCUGAUCCUUUAAGAGAAUACUUUUGGUGCAGAAAGUCUCACAUUCUUAUUCAGUUCCUCGAUUCUCAUGGCCGUUGACCAGUUUGUCUGGACGGCAGCUUGCUGACCUUCUGACGUUUUUGUGCAGGGCGUGCCCUUUAGGACCUCUCAUGAUAUAGUUGGAAGAUGUGUUGCCUUCUGCCUCUCAAAAGACUGUCAACUCUCAGACCUUAGUCUCGAUGAGUUGACGGCCAUCGAUCCCGUAUUUGAGAAGGAUGUUUACGAGUUUGUAGGAGUCAACAACUCGGUGUCAAAGUUUUGCUCCUAUGGGUCAACGGGUUCUGCAUGCGUCUCUGAGCAGCUCAGCUACUGGGUGUCCAAGCUCGGCAUCAGUACAGACGCCAGCGAGUAG